UCACUUCUUGUCUUGCCCGAAUAUGUUCGCAGUCGGACCCAGUUGUUUUGGUUGUUCUAUCUUACUUUCACAUUGUGGUAAACAAAAUGUCACUUCUGUCAGAAUCAGAGCGCUCUGGGUGUUUGAAAAUAUUAAAUAUGAUGUCGGAAGAGGACCUACUUUCACUGAGUGAUACUGUUACCAAUAAGAUGAUUAUGGUGGAGGAUGUUACAGAGGCCAGAGAGACAAUCCUCUCCUUCACAAAAAAUGCAGAGGAGCUGCUGAAAAGGAAGAAGGUCCACCGGGACAUCAUAUUCAAGUACCUGGCCAAAGAGGGGGUGGCGAUGCCCCCCAGUACUGAGAAGCACCAGUUGGUGAAGAGCACGCUGGAGCUUUGGUCAACUGCCAAGGCGGUGAUUGAAGAAAAUAUUCCAGGAGUGACAGAUGACAUCGGACAUAGACCAGUGCCAAACACAGCCGAGGAGAAGGCAGACGUGAAGACUGACAUCGGCUGCGAUAUGUUGUUGCUGGGACAGCAGUUCAGCAGUUGGUUCUUCCGGCUUUGGAACAGUCAAAACCCGUCACUGGGCCAGCAGCCUCAAGACUGGGGAGCACAGCAUUUCUGGCCGGAUGCAAAACUCCGCCUUGUUGCCAGAGCUGACAAUGAGCAGUUGGAAGAGUUCUUGGGUGCCGAAAUGGUCAGCUAUCGUCUACUGGCCUUGACCAAAGAGGAGCGUCUCCAUUUCAGCCCCAACUUGGAGCCGCCUGGUCUCAAAGUGCUGUCCUCCCCGCACGGCCUAGUUCUGGUGGCUGUUGCCGGGACCAUCCACAGAGACACAGUCUGCCUCGGCAUAUUUGAGCAAAUAUUCGGGCUCAUUCGCUCACCGCUGAAGAACAACAGAUGGAAGAUCAAGUUUGUCAACAUCAAGAUCCGAGGACAGGAUUCUUUGGUUGGGAUCCAGACGACCGCACCGACCUUGACUUAUGACUCCAGUGAACUGCAGAUGCUGUGUAAUUUAUGACGAUGUUUUUUUAAGAUUGUUUCUAUUUGGGUAAAUCGUGUUUUCCAUUUUGCACACCAAGGAGGUUGACUGAGAAAUCUGUUGUAUUUAUGAAACUAAUUAAGGCAUAUUGGGUUUAACAAGUGAGCGGGAAAUGUUAUCCCUUUCUUAGAAUAAUGCCACUGUGUGCACAUCAGUGGAUUCGGAUGCAGAGGAUUGUUAGUGAAUGUUAUGUUACUAAAAGCAUGAAAAAGAA